UUCUAGGUCGUGGGGAGCGGCAAGGAAAUCAUCCGUAGACCUUGAUGGUCAGUGUGAAAGAAGGAGACUCUCCAUACAACCGUCCCACAACACACUCCCUCUCACGACCACCUAGUGACUCCUUCGCAGACACCCCCACACAAUGCAUUUCGAGGACCUUCUGGAGGAGAUAGGGUCCUUUGGCCUGUACCAGCGCGUCCUUUGCUUCGUCCUCAUCCCUUUCACCACCGGGAUAUGCGCCCUGACCUUCUACUCCCAGCUCUUCAUCCUGACGGCGCCGCCCCACGUGUGUCGUCAAGGCGUAGGACCCGUAGGAGGGGAUGCCGGGGUUUUCCUGGGGAAGGUCACCGAGCUGCUCAACGCCACUGACCAUGACAGCAGUGCGAUAAAACCCUACAGCUGCCAUCGGUUUAGUGCCAACGAGAGCCUGGCACCGGGUCAGUUCAUGAAUGUGACCUCGCUUGGCCAGCUGCCUUCGCCCGACGUGCCCUGUGACAGCGGAUGGGAUUACGACUAUGACACGUUGUUCUCGUCCCUCACAUCUGAGCAUGACUGGGUAUGUGACGAAGCUUGGCGGCCGUACUUGGUGGUCACAGCGUUCUGGGUUGGUAACACUAUAGGAUCCUGGAUCUUCGGAACAAUAUCGGAUGUAUACGGCCGACGCCCGACGAUCCUGAUGAUCGCGCUGGUGUACGGCGCUGCGGGCGUCGCCUCCGUCUUCGUCAGCGACUUCUACGGGUUCUUGGCGCUCAGGACUCUCGUGGGGUCCGCACACCACACCCUGUCGCACCUGCCCUUCGUUCUGGUGGUCGAGUACUGCGGAAUGGACAGCCGCGUGGUGCCUCUGCUCACCAUCAUGAUGACAUACACCAUCGCCUCCAUCCUUGCCCCGUCGCUCGCUUGGCUCGUGUGGGAUUGGAGGAUACUCGCUCUCCUUUCCUCGGCGCCCAUCCUCCUGCUCCUGCUGCUGUACAGGUGGAUCCCUGAGUCCUCCUCUUGGCUCAUAACCCGUGGCCGCUCCCAGCUGGCUACUAAACAGCUGGAAAAAGUAGCCAAGGUUAACAAACGGACGCUUCCAGGUGAGAGAGUCAACCAACUGGUUUCUGAAGGCGAAGAUAAAUCUGACGAGGCAGCUGGAGAGGUGGCCAGCCGGUCUGUGAUACAGGUGGUGAGGUACCGCCACCUGAGGAACAGCAUUUUGCUCGUGCUGUUGGUGUGGAUGUUAGGAUGCAUGUGUUACUACGGGCACUGCCAGAACACCGCGCACCUGGGUUCCAACAUGUUCACAAGCUACCUACUCGGAGCGGCGGUCGAGAUCCCGUCUUGGUCGGCGCCUUGGCUCAUCAACCGGCUGGGUCGACGUCUUCCUCUCACCGUUUUGUUCCUGCUCUCCGGUGGUGCCAGUGUCCUCUAUGCCCUCGUGCCCCUGGAUAUGGAAUGGUUGUCCCUGACCCUGGCGCUGGUGGGCCGCUCGACGAUCACAGGGGCGUACUAUAUCACCCUCCAGUACGGCCCCGAGGUCUUCCCGACGGUGGUGAGAGGCCAGGGCGUGGCUCUGGCGGAGACCUUGGGGGGGAUCGCUAUCUUCCUGUCGCCCUCCAUCGUCUACCUGGGAGAGAUUCUCACGACACUGCCACUCCUGGUGUUCGGAGGGCUAUCGGUGAUUGGUGGAGCCGCCACGCUUUUCCUGCCGGAGACGAACGGCGUGGUGCUGCCCCAGACGCUGCCUCAGGCGGAGAGGUUCUGCCACCGCGCUGCCCGGCCCUUCUGCAGGUCGAAGAUUGAAGAGGAGACGGAGAUGGAGGCAGCGACUUAACAAUAAGAUCAGGAACGAAUUGCAAUAAGUAUGGG